CCACUAGGCGUCUGCAAGCCAAAGUCGCAAAAACAUGGCCCGUACGAAGCAGACCGCCCGCAAGUCCACCGGCGGCAAGGCCCCGCGCAAGCAGCUGGCCACCAAGGCCGCCCGCAAGAGCGCCCCGGCCACGGGCGGCGUCAAGAAGCCGCACCGCUACCGGCCCGGCACCGUGGCGCUGCGCGAGAUCCGGCGCUACCAGAAGUCGACCGAGCUGCUGAUCCGCAAGCUGCCGUUCCAGCGCCUGGUGCGCGAGAUCGCGCAGGACUUCAAGACCGACCUGCGCUUCCAGAGUUCGGCCGUCAUGGCGCUGCAGGAGGCGAGCGAGGCCUACUUGGUGGGGCUCUUCGAGGACACCAACCUGUGCGCCAUCCACGCCAAGCGCGUCACCAUCAUGCCCAAGGACAUCCAGCUGGCCCGCCGCAUCCGUGGGGAGCGCGCCUGAGCGCUCGAUCUCCCUUCCAUCCCCCACAAAGGCUCUUUUCAGAGCCGCCACAGGUC